ACUAAUUAUGUCCACAAUAUUUAGAUAUGUAAUCUAUAUAUAACCCUAAUUUCUCAUCUAUCUUCUUCACUGCAUGCUUCUACCAUUUCCGGCGACCAUGAUCUCCGAAGUUGAACAACCAAAAGAGAAGAGAAGUUUGAGUUCUGAGCCACCGUCGUUGAUGUCACUCCCAUACGAAAUCAUAGAGAACAUUCUUGCACGUAUCUCUAAAUGGAGUUAUCCUAAUCUCUCUCUCGUCUCCAAAAGUUUCCUUUCUCUUCUCUCUUCCCCGCAACUAUACAAGACGCGAUCUGAAAUCGGAACCACCGAGCCAUGCCUCUAUUUCUGCUUGGAAUCAGCUAACCAUUCAUCUCCACAGUGGUACACUCUUUGGAUGAAACCUGAUGAAACCCUCACCGGUACCGGUACUAUACAUGACUAUUCGUUGAUUCCGCUACCUUCGUCUUCACCAGUACUUCGUACAUCCACGGUAGCGGUUGGUUCGGAAAUCUACGUAAUCGGUGGACACUUCAACCGCUCUUCCUCAGUUCGGAUAUUUGAUUGUCGGAGUAACACGUGGCGUGACGGUCCUAACAUGACGGUAGCUCGAUCGGAUCCAGUCGCGGUUCUCAUCGACCAGAGAAUAUACGUCUUGGGAGGUCGCGAGAUGGACGAGUCUGACGAUUGGUUUGAGGUGUUCGACAUCAAGACUCAGACUUGGAGAGCCUUGCCUAGUUUUAGGGCUGGCCUUGAGUUACGCCGCUACAUUGUGUGGCCCAACAGAUACUUUCCGCGUCUUGGUGAUAGUCAAACUGCAGUCAGAUUAAUUAACGUCAACCCCAAUGCUUUGGAAGGAAAGCUUUACGUAGCGGCACAGAUAAAUGACUACACUUACGAGCCCAAAGAUGAUACAUGGAAAGUUGUAAGCAAAUCAAGUAUAAGAAGAGUAAAGGUUUGGUGUGUGAUAGAGAAUGUAAUGUACGCUUGCCAUGACGUCUUUCUGAGGUGGUAUGAUUACGAGGAUAGACGGUGGAGAGAGAUCCAGGGUUUGGAAGAAUUGUGUUACCACCCUACGAGGGGUUUCAGUGGGGCGGAAAGAAUAGUUAACUAUGGUGGGAAACUUGUAGUUAUGUGGCGUCCGGUGCAAAGCGACGGAAAAGAUAAAAUUGAAAUUUGGUGUGCUCAGAUUGCGUUAGAGAAGCGCAGUAAAGAUGAGAUCUGGGGUAAGAUAGAGUGGAUUAAUUCUGUGCUUACGGUCCCCAAGUUGUGUGACUUGUGCUACAGUUGUGUGGUUGUUUCGAUUUGAUGAUUUGUAAAAUAUUGUAUAAACAAUAUUGUGAAAUCAUCCGGUCUUUGUUAUUUUUUAUGUUUUUGUUUUUAAUGGUCUUUUACUUGUUUUGGUGUAACCCGUACAAGUUAAUCUUGGUGUCGCUGAUAUUUGGUCCAGUAUAACCAAUUUUUAAACUGGUGUAUAGUAUUUUCUUAAUUAUAGUUUUGGG